AUGUCAUCUACUACAUUACCACCAAAUACAUUUAUGAAUAAUCCAUUAAUAAAUUCAAUAACUGGUUAUAUAGCUCAUUUACAACAACAAAAUAUGUUUAGUAAAGAACGUAUUCGAUCGUUAAAGGAAGGUUUUCUAUUCACAAUCGGUUUCUUUGUUCUAAUAUACUGUUUAAUUCGUAUACAAAUCUUAUUCUUUUGGUUAUUAAGACUAAUAUUUCGUUUAAUAUUUAAUAUAAUCUCAUUUACUUUGUGGCUUCCAUUAAAAAUAGUUCGUUUUUUAACUCCAAAAUCAAUUGAUUAUGAUAUAUUAUUUCCAUUAUUUUGGUUAUGUUCGAUAUUAUCAUUUUAUAUUUCAAAAUAUUUUCAUGAACAUGUUUGUCAAUUCUACGAUCAAUAUUUAAGUCAACGUUGGAAAAUAUUCAAUAGUGAUCAAAUAAAACGUGAAGAUAUUAAAAAAUAUUUAUUUAUUGCAACAUUUAUUGCUCUUCUUCUACUACAAACUUUAUUUAUUCUUAUGCCUAUUGCUUUAUCAAUUCGACAUCAUCAUGAAAAUGUAAAAGUACCUUCGACACCAGUGAUCGUUACGAAAACAACAACAGCAACAACUGUUAAAACUACAACAUCGAAAUCACCUGUAAAAGAAGUUGUUGAAACAAUGAGUGAGAAUUUAUAUAAACGUUUUAUUGAUGCAUUUACGGAUGAGAAUGAAACAGUAAUAAAUGAAAAACAUUCACCAUUAGUAAGCGAUGAAAAACUUGAAGAUACAUUUAAAACAAUACAAAAAGAUAUCGGAAAACGAAUCAAUAAUUUAAAAAUUUCGGAUAAAGAAAUAGAAAAGAAAAGUUCACGAUUUCAACGAUGGAUUGUUUAUUAUCUUAAAGCACCAUUUCAAAAAUAUGAAAGUAAAAAAAAUGAUAUUGUUCAUUCUGAUAAUGAACAAAAUAAAUUAGAACAAGAAGAAGAGGAGGAGAAUACUGAAUUGAAUUCAUUUUCCUCCUCUUCAGUUCCUGAUAUAGAUGAUGAUGAUGAUGACGACGAUGAUGAUGAGUCGUCCGAAUCUGAUGAUGAUGAAGAUGAUGAUACUGAUCAAGAAGACAAUACAACAAUAACUGAACAAACUUUAGAUACUAUUAAAAGCAAAAUAUCUUCGUCUGAAGAUAAAGAUGAAGAUGAUGAUGAGCCGUCCGAAUCUGAUGAUGAAGAUGAUGAUAGUGAUGAUGAUGAUGAUGAUGAUGAUGAUGUUGAUGAUACUAAUCAAGAAGAACCUACAACAGUCAUUGAACAAACUUUAGAUACUAUUAAAAGCAAAAUAUCUUCAUCUGAAGAUAAAGAUGAUGAUGAAGAUGACGAUGAGCCAUCUGAUGAUGGUGAUGAUGAUGUUGAUGAUACUAAUCAAGAAGAACACACAACAAUAACUCAACAAACUUUAGAUACUAUUAAAAGCAAAAUAUCUUCGUCUGAAGAUAAAGAUGAUGAUGAAGAUGAAGAUUCUUCAUCUAAACCAUCUGAUAUAGCCGAAAAUCUUAGAGAAGAAAUUGCAAAUGAGUUAUCUUCUUCAAUUAUUAGUGAUAAUGAAGAUUCCGGUGGUGAAUCAGACGAUGAGGAUGAUGAUGAUAUUGUUCAAUCAGUAACAACAGCUAAUAAAAUUAAAGAACAAUUAUCAACGCCUAUACAAAAAGUGAAAAGUUUUGCUUCAGCAAUAGCUAAUCAGUUUCAAAAUACAUUCCAUUCGUCUUCUGCAGAAGAUGAUGAUGAUGAUAAUGGAGAGUCAGGCUAUGAAACUGACGAUGAAGGAGAACAACUACAACAACAACAAUCAUCUACAUUAACUGAUAAGAUUAAAGAAACAUUAGUGGAACCUGUUGAUAAAGUUCUGACUGAUGUUAAAAAUAAAUUAUCUUCUUCUACAAGUAACGAUGAUGAAGAAGAAGAAGAAGAACAUUCCUCAAUUCUUGAUCAUGUCAAAGAAGAUCUUAUUCAACCAAUUGAAACAACAGCUGAACACUUACAUGAUAAAUUAUCUUCUUUAACUGACAAUGAUGAAGAUUUAUCAUUAAUUGAUCGUACAAAACAAUCAGCUGGAAAAUUUGUUGCAUCAAUCGAAGAUCAAAUUUCUUCAAGUGUUGAUGAUGUUAAUCAUAAAAUAGCUGAUCUUGUUGGUUCUGCAGAAGAAUUUAUUAAAGAAAAAAGCGAACAAAUCAAAGAAGCAAUUCCAAAGCCAGAUAAAGUUAUAUCAAAAUUUAAAGACCAAGUAGUUACACCAUUAGAAAAGAAAGCUUCUAAAGUGAAAAAAAAUAUUAAAAAAAAAACGGAAGAUUUAAAAACAACUGUUGUUAACAAAAUAAAAUCGCUGAAAAAACCCAAAACUUUAACAGAAAAAGUUAAAGAUAAAAUAGAAACACUUACUCAUACUAUUCAAGAACACCUUCCUGGACAUAAAACAAAACCCAAAACUUUGACAGAAAAAGUUAAAGAUAAAAUAGAAACGCUUACUCAUAAUAUUCAAGAUAAACUUCCUGGACGUAAAGCAAAAAAGAAUAAAAAUAAGAAAUCAAAAUUAUCGAUAAGAAAUAAAUUAAAUGGUUGGGUUGAUGAUGCAUGGAAUAUAUGGCAUCUAACAAAAACUAAACUUGCACAUAUAUUUAUUUCAUCAACAAAACAUGCUAGACAUUUACCACGUUAUAAUACAACUUCACUUUACACAGCUUAUACUGAUAUAAAAUGUUAUGAUUAUACAAAAAGUUUGAGUCGUUAUCGAUUAUCAAAACGUAGAUAUCUUUAUUUUCUUGAUAAAUAUCGUCGUCAUUCACCAUUUCCUGUUUACUUAUCCAUAUUAAAAUCUAAUGGACCAAAAUCUUAUCGUCAAUAUCCAAAUUCAUCAUGUGCUUAUAUAUCAAAAAUACCAGCUAGAAGUUUUAAAACACAAUUAUAUCGUUUUGUACGAUUCUGGAUAAUAAUUGGUUUAAUAAUAUUUGUACUAGCAUUUAUUUAUAAAUGGUUAUCAGUACGUAAAACAUCAAAUACAUCUUCUUUUUAUCAUCAUGAUAAGUCUGAUCGAUCAUCAAAUAAAAAACAACAAACAAUAAUAUCGAAUAAAAAUGAUUUACAUCCACCAAUAACAACAACAACAACAGCAACAGCAACACCAACAGCAACUACGGAAAAACGACCAUCAAUCAAUAAAAAUACAAUAUCAUCAAAUACUCAAUCAUUAGAUGAAGAAAUUGAAAAACAACUUCGAUUAUGGCUUCAACAUGAACAAAAUGAUGGUUUUAGAAAUAUUAGUGAAACAUGUCGGCUAGCAAUUAAUAAUACAUUUUUAAAACAACUUGAACGACUCAGCGUGGAAACUCUCCAAUUUGCUAAUGCGAAAAUUCGUAAUGUUUCUCAAAAUACUAAUCAGAACAGAAGUGGUGAAAUAACUAAUGAUAAAAUCGUUAUCAAUGCUGUACUCGAUAUUGAUCAUUUAAUUCUUAAUAUUGUUAAUACAUUUAAAGAACAACAUUUUUCUCUUGAAAUUCAAAAAUUAUCUGGUCAACUUUAUAUUUUAUUAGUAAUUAAUACAAGUCAAUAUUCAAUUGAAGCUACUCUUCAACAACUUCAAAUUAAUCCUGUUAAUAUUAUUGAUCCAAAUCAUGCUUUAUCAGCAGAUGAAAAACAAAAUGUUAUCAAACUAAUAGACGAAACUAUUAAACGAACUGUUGUUCGAUGUUUGUUUCGUCUCUCAGAUAAUCAAGAGAAUAUUAAUUCUACUCCUCUUUAUAAUUCAUCACCAUUAUCUCAUUCAGAAACAAAUAAAACGUCAAUAUCUCCUAAUCAACUUUCUACUUCAUCAGUUCAAUCAAAUGUAUCACGUUCUCAUCAACCAAGUCCAACAAGAUAUCAACCAACAGAUUCCAUACCCACAGUAUUAAUUAAUGAUACAACUCAGAAUUUAUAUACAAAUGAAAUAUUGACAGAUAAACAACCGAAAAGAUUACUUAUUCGUAUUGUUAAAGCUGUUAAAUUACAUGAUGUUGAACAACCAUACUGUAUUCUUGAAUUAAAUCAUCCAAAACAAGCACAACAAACAACUAUUGCAAAAAAUGGUUUAAAUCCUUUUUGGGAUGAACGAUUUCUUUUCGAAUGUGAUGAUAAAAGUAAUCAAGUACGUCUACAGAUAAUUAAUCGUAAAACAACAAAUAAAAGAACAGGCAAUAAUUAUGUUGAUACUAUUUAUGCUGAUGUAUUAAUACCAUUUUCUUAUGUAACAAGUACAGCUUAUAAACAAGAUGUACAAAUUAGUCCACAAUAUCCUGAAUCAAUUAUUCGUAUCGAGGUAAAUUUAUAUAAUACCGACCUUGAUUUUUGUUCUUAUAUAGAAGAAAAAUAG